CGCCUUAGCUUAGCCGCCUAGCUAGUCCUUAGAUUGAUGUGUACAUGUGUAAAUGCGGUGUGUUUUUCAGUUGUUAAGUCAAACCGGAGGUUCUCAAAAGUUGUUGCUACUCGCUCUUAAACAUUUUUUAAAGCCGAUGCUUUUAUUCAGCAGUAGUUUGUUUUGUGUAACAGUGUGUGUGAGAGAGUGAGACGUGUAUUUCAUGUGUAAAGCGUGUAUUUCAGCUCCGUUUUUGGGAUUUACUUUAAAGGGAAAGUUUUUAGUGUUAGCUCAGUGCUAAGCGCCUCACUGAGACUGUAUUCACAACUUUUAUCAAUGAUCAAACACACCGAAAUACAGAAAUACCUUUUGUUUUGGAGGUCUGUGUGUUUGAGCUGUAACGUUUCCACAGGGAAAUAAAAGCAGGAACAGAUCAGCGGAAGGCUGAUGGGAGACUGUGGGGCAGCUGGAGCCGAGUCUGCGCUCACUGCUCGGGUUCAGCCGCUAAACCAGGACAAGGACUGAAAGGGAAAAAAGAUCAAGCGGAUAAACAAACACAUCAUCUUAUUUUCUCCCCGUGACAUUUUGUCGUCAGCUCGGUUCCCCCAUGGCGGGCGGGGGAGGAACGGCCCCUCCAAUGUGGUAUCACCGGGAUCUGAGCCGCGCCGCCGCCGAGGAGCAGCUGGCCCGCGCCGGCCGAGACGGGAGCUUCCUGGUGCGGGACAGUGAGAGUGUGAGCGGCGCCUAUGCGCUGUGUGUGCUAUACCAGAAGCAUGUUCACACAUAUAGAAUCCUACCUGAUGAGGAGAACUUCUUAGCAGUGCAGACAUCUCAGGGAGUGCAGCCAAAGAGGUUUAAGACAUUACCUGAACUGAUUCAGCUCUACCUUCAGCCUAACCAGGGUCUUGUCACAACCCUUCUGCUGCCUGUGGAGAGAGAGGAGUGCACAGAUGAGAGAGACUACUCAGAUGGAGAGGAUGAUAAACCCCCCCUUCCUCCUCGGACUGGCUCCUGUAGCUCUGCCUUUGUCAGUACAGACACUCCCACAGAGAGUGUGUCAGUAGGGAAUGGGUUGAGUACAAUCUCUCAUGAGUAUCUGAAGGGCAGCUAUGCGUUGGAUUUGGAGGCAGUUAAACAGGGAGCAAGCAGUCUGCCUCACCUCAACAAAACACUGGUGUCAUCAUGCAAACGCCUGCACGGUGAGGUGGAUAAGGUGUUGUCUGGGUUGGAGAUCUUGUCUAAGGUGUUUGAUCAGCAGAGUGCCUCCAUGGUGUCCAGGAUGAUUCAGCAGUCUGUGAGUCAGGGUGGAGAUCAGGAACUGGAGAGUCUUGUUACUAAACUAGCCAUCCUCAAAGACCUACUGUCUUCCAUAGAGAAGAAGGCUCUAAAGGCUCUGCAGGAUAUGAGUGUGUCGUCUCCUCUCACCCCCCUGACACGCCACAGCAAGGCCAUUCCUGUUCAGGCCUUUGAGGUAAAGCCGGACAUGUACCUGUGUGAACUGGCUAAAAUAGGGAAGAGCCAGAAACACACACUCAGUGUGGACGUGGAGGCAGGAAAACUGGUUGUGAUGAAGAAACUGAAGGACACACAGGAGGACUGGACCACAUACACCCAUGACAAGAUCAGACAGCUGAUAAAGUCACAGAGAAUGCCAAAUAAACUGGGAAUCGUUUUUGAGAAGGAGAAGGACAAGAGCCAGAGAAAAGACUUCAUAUUUCCAAGUGCUAAAAAAAGGGAAGCGUUCUGCCAACUUCUGCAGCUGAUGAAGAACAAACAUUCCAACCAGGAUGAGCCGGACAUGAUCGCCAUCUUUAUUGGGACAUGGAACAUGGGCAGUGUUCCAGCUCCAAAGGCCAUUGGUUCGUGGCUCUUAUCUCGAGGUUUGGGUAAAACUUUGGAUGAGAUGACGGUCACUAUUCCUCACGAUAUCUACGUGUUUGGUACUCAGGAGAACUCGGUGUGUGAUAAGGAGUGGGUAGAGAGCCUGCGAGCUGCACUUAAAGACUACACUGAGAUCGACUACAAACCGAUUGCUGUACAGACUUUGUGGAACAUAAAGAUUGUCGUUUUGGUGAAGCCAGAGCAUGAGAACCGGAUCAGUCACGUCGGGAUGUCCAGUGUCAAAACAGGAAUUGCCAACACACUGGGUAAUAAAGGGGCAGUGGGUGUGUCCUUCAUGUUUAAUGGAACAUCAUUUGGUUUUGUCAACUGUCACCUGACUUCCGGUAAUGAAAAGAUUCACAGGCGGAACCAGAACUACCUGGACAUCUUGCGUCAGCUCUCACUGGGAGACAAACAACUCAACUCCUUUGACAUUUCACUGCGCUUCACACACCUGUUCUGGUUCGGUGACCUCAACUACAGAUUGGACAUGGACAUACAGGAAAUCCUGAACUACAUAAACAGGAAGGAGUUUGAUCCGCUUCUGAAAGUAGACCAGCUAAAUCUGGAGAGGGAAAAGAACAAGGUCUUUCUCCGCUUCGCGGAGGAGGAGAUCACGUAUCCCCCCACGUACCGAUAUGAGAGAGGAUCCAGAGACACCUACGUUUGGCAGAAGCAGAAAGCCACUGGGAUGAGGACGAAUGUGCCAUCAUGGUGUGACCGGAUUCUGUGGAAGUCUUAUCACGAGACACACAUCGUCUGUAACUCCUAUGGGUGCACAGAUGACAUUGUCACCAGUGAUCAUUCGCCUGUGUUUGCAACAUUUGAAGUGGGCGUGACCUCACAAUUUGUCUCAAAAAAAGGUUUGCCUAAAUCUUCAGAGCAGGCGUAUAUUGAGUUUGAGAAUAUCGAGGCCAUCGUUAAGACAGCCAGCAGAACUAAGUUCUUUAUUGAAUUCUACUCCACAUGCCUGGAAGAGUUUAAGAAGAGUUAUGAGAAUGACUCUCAGAGCAGUGACAAUAUAAACUUUUUGCGUGUGAGCUGGUCCUCAAAGCAGCUGACCACAUUGAAGCCCAUCCUUUCUGACAUCGAGUACCUGCAGGACCAACACCUGCUGCUCACUGUCAAAUCCCUUGAUGGAUACGAGUCCUAUGGAGAAUGUGUGCUGGCACUGAAGUCAAUGAUUGGCAGUACAGCUCAGCAGUUCCACACAUAUCUGUCUCACCGUGGUGAAGAGACUGGCAACAUCCGAGGGUCCAUGAGGGUCAGGGUACCUUCUGAGAGAAUGGGGACCAGAGAGAGACUAUAUGAGUGGAUCAGCGUAGAUAAGGAUGAGACCGGAGGGCCAAAGGGGAAAACACUGCCCUCUAGAGCUGGACACGAUUACAUCAAACCCACACUUAGCAGGAAGGAGCUGAGUAAAGUUUCAGAGGAGGGAGAGAGAAACACUACAGGACGACCUGCAUACACACACACUACUGCUAAAGAAGAAAACACACAGACCAGGUCAAAGCAGGUGGAGUCUGCAGAUGGCGAUGCCUCUAUGUGCAAAAAUAGCUUCAACAACCCUGCCUACUACAUCCUUGAGGGUGUUCCUAACCAAUCUGCUGCCUUGGCUUCAGACCUGCUCCCAGGCACCGCCCUCUCUCCACCAGCUUCAUCUAAAUUGCCACCCCUUGCAGGAGGAGCUGGAAAAUGCAAAGGUUCCAUUCAAGCACGUAAACAGACGGGCAGCCACCUGCCACAGCCCAUAAGCGAGGAGGGGGGAUCCUCUGAGGAAGAUGGAAGUUCUGGGUUGACACGCCCACCUCCAGACUUCCCUCCACCGCCCCUCCCUAAAAGUGCUCAUGAAAUGCCGGACACUUCGUUCUUCCCAAAAGAUAGCAAACCUCGUCUUCACCCUGAUCUGGCAGACAUUAAGAUUUCAGCAUCCGUUACCUCCAAGCCUCUUCCAUCUCCCAGCUUUGCCACACCCCCUACAGGAGGCGGAGCUUUUAGUCUGGACCCUUCAGCAGGGCCAUUGGCUUUCAGAAGAGGCAGCGGGGCUUCUGGAGCUGAUGACCAAUCGUGUUCAGUACUUCAUCUAGCCAAGAAACUGAGUGAAGUGGAAUAUGUGGCUGGGGCAGGAGUUGGUGGAGGGGCAGGACUUAAAGGGGGCGGGGCCGUUCACAGCCGAGGUUUGGGAUAUAGUGAAAGCUGUCGCACUUUUCCCCCUCGCUCCAUCCCGGAAGAGAUCAUGGAUGAGGUCCUGCCAGAGGAGGCUCUUUGGCAAGGUGGUAGCAGCAGCAGCAGUUUGUCAGUGGACUCCAGUGUGGGUGAGUGGCUGCAGAGACUCGGACUGGAACGCUAUGAGGAGGGACUGCUGAGGAAUGGCUGGGAUGAUCUUGAGUUCCUCAGUGACAUCACUGAGGAGGACCUGGAGGAGGCAGGAAUUCUAGACUCCGCCCAUAAGAAGAUCCUGUUGGCCAGUUUAAGACAACAGCAGCAGAAGUGAGCAGGAAAACUGUAUCACUAAGAGCAUCUAUUUUCAUCAUCUCCCACUCAACAGUGUUUAAAGAAAAGUCAACAUUUCAGUUUUACUACAGGCUAAAAAUCUGCAAUUGGGGAUCAACCUCCUGCUUCUUUACAGAGGAGGAAGUGACAUCAUCAGAGUGUAUCUGAGAGCUUCGUCCACAUUCCUUAUGUUUUCUGUGUUGGGUGAUUGGCUUAUUUAGUUUACUAUUUUAGUGUUAAUGAUUUUAAUAAAUAAAAGGGAAAUAAGAAGAAGCCAAAUUCAGUAAAUGAUUAUUAGUUUAUAAACUUUAGUGUGUGUGCGCGCGCGCGUGCGUGUGUGCGCGCGUUUGUGUGUGUGUGUGUUUUCUGAGGCAUUUUAGAGUGAAUACACUUCGUGGCUUGUAUGUCUGUCUGUUUUCUAUAAAAUCCUAAAAGCUGAACAGUAGUGUUAAUGUGUCUGGGAAUCGUGUGUUUUAUAAAAGACCAACACAAUUUAACUGUUACAUGUUUGGGAGCCUUAGCACAGUUAAUGGUUAAUUUUAUUAGAUUUUUUUGCGCUCACUUUAUGAUGUUGAUUCUCUCCAUGUGAUCUGGAGUUAUCAGAAGUGGCCACCAGGCGGUGCUGCAGAUGAUUGUAAGGGAUUCAUGUAUGUAAUGAGUUAAAUAAUUAGGUGAAAACUGACCCUGGAUCAGCCGCUGAUCUGUAAUGUGAGUGAGAGAAACUUUUGUUCCAGAUUUUUCUCGAUAACUGAACAUGAAAUUAACAAAUACACACAACGUACUGUUCACUGUAGAGUCUCAAAGUCUAAUGCUUUACCCCGUGUGUGUGUGUGUGUGUGUGUGUGUGUGUGUCAAACCUGUGCCAUGUUGUAAUUUUUAAACACUCUCUUUGUGCUCACUUUAUGUCGCAGUUUGUAACAUUUUUAUUGAUGACUUUAAGUUAAUAUUUGUGAAUCGACGUUGAAUGAAUUCAUGUGAAUAAAAAACUAACGACUGA